AUGUUUGCCAAUUCUACUACAAGUAAUCACAAUCGUAUUUACAUACAUGCUGAAUACAAUCUUGACUUCCAGAAUAGUUCAUCAUCAUCAUCAUCAUCAUCAUCAUCAUCAUCAUCAUCAUCAUCAUCAUCAUCAUCAUCAUCAUCAUCAUCAUCAUCAUCAUCAUCAUCAUCAUCAUCAUCAUCAUCAUCAUCAUCAUCAUCAUCAUCAUCAUCAUCAUCAUCAUCAUCAUCAUCAUCAUCAUCAUCAUCAUCAUCAUCAUCAUCAUCAUCAUCAUCAUCAUCAUCAUCAUCAUCAUCAUCAUCAUCAUCAUCAUCAUCAUCAUCAUCAUCAUCAUCAUCAUCAUCAUCAUCAUCAUCAUCAUCAUCAUCAUCAUCAUCAUCAUCAUCAUCAUCAUCAUCAUCAUCAUCAUCAUCAUCAUCAUCAUCAUCAUCAUCAUCAUCAUCAUCAUCAUCAUCAUCAUCAUCAUCAUCAUCAUCAUCAUCAUCAUCAUCAUCAUCAUCAUCAUCAUCAUCAUCAUCAUCAUCAUCAUCAUCAUCAUCAUCAUCAUCAUCAUCAUCAUCAUCAUCAUCAUCAUCAUCAUCAUCAUCAUCAUCAUCAUCAUCAUCAUCAUCAUCAUCAUCAUCAUCAUCAUCAUCAUCAUCAUCAUCAUCAUCAUCAUCAUCAUCAUCAUCAUCAUCAUCAUCAUCAUCAUCAUCAUCAUCAUCAUCAUCAUCAUCAUCAUCAUCAUCAUCAUCAUCAUCAUCAUCAUCAUCAUCAUCAUCAUCAUCAUCAUCAUCAUCAUCAUCAUCAUCAUCAUCAUCAUCAUCAUCAUCAUCAUCAUCAUCAUCAUCAUCAUCAUCAUCAUCAUCAUCAUCAUCAUCAUCAUCAUCAUCAUCAUCAUCAUCAUCAUCAUCAUCAUCAUCAUCAUCAUCAUCAUCAUCAUCAUCAUCAUCAUCAUCAUCAUCAUCAUCAUCAUCAUCAUCAUCAUCAUCAUCAUCAUCAUCAUCAUCAUCAUCAUCAUCAUCAUCAUCAUCAUCAUCAUCAUCAUCAUCAUCAUCAUCAUCAUCAUCAUCAUCAUCAUCAUCAUCAUCAUCAUCAUCAUCAUCAUCAUCAUCAUCAUCAUCAUCAUCAUCAUCAUCAUCAUCAUCAUCAUAUUCAGUAGUUGUGAUUUGUGUUAUUAUCUUAUGA